AGCAGUAGAAUAAUUACUCAAGAAAAUCGAUAGAAAAAAAUUAAAAAAUCUCUGAAAGAUAAUGGAUUAGUUAGCUUAUAGCAUUCCAAAGGUACGUAACCAUAAAAAUGCAUAAAGUGCCUCCGGAAGCAAUAUGGAGCCAGAUAUGGGCCCUAAUUCCAGUAUUCAUGAAUGUCUUCAUGAUGGGCGCACAGAAUGGAUGGCUUCCAAAUGCCAUAUAUCUCAUUCUAUCUGGACAAGCAUUCCAUGCAACAGCAGCAGAAUGUGCGCUGAUGGCAUCAUUCAGCGAAUUCGGAAGAAUCGUGUUUGCAAUACCGGCUGGAAUUCUGGCAGAUAAAUUUGGAAGGAAAAAAAUGAUAAUAUGUGUUGCUAUUUCGCAUUUUUUCGCUUGGGUAGGAGUGUCGUUCAGCACAUCGAUGGUUACAAUUUAUAUGGCGAGAUUCGUCCUAGGAAUAGCAACAGCGCUGGUAAAUUCAACAUCGCUAUCAUCAAUUGGUGAAAUAGCAUCUCCCGAAAUCCGAGGACAACUAACCAGCGUUUACCAAAUCUUCAUGAGCGUUGGAGUAAUCCUGCCAGCAAUAAUAAGCGCCGCAUUUUCCUUAUACAACGCACUCGCAUGGGGCAUAACAUUCUUCUCAGUUAUCAACGUGCUAUCUCUAAUCUGGGUAACAGAAACGCCGAGCUUCCUAAUCAGCGAAUCUAAAUUCAAACAAGCCAAACAAGUCUUACGACAAAUCAGACGAGGAUACCGAGACAGUGAAAUCGAUACCGAAUUCGAAAAACUCAAAAAAUACAUCGAAGCAGAAAAAGCCAAUAAAAAUAAAUCCAGUUUGAUUCAAUUCUUCAAAUCGAAAUCCAUCAGGAAACCACUAAUCACCGGAGUUUUGAUCAACUUUUUUUCAAUAAUGACAGGAGGAAUAAUUCUCAGAGUUUACAGCACCGGUAUUUACCCAGACAACGAAUACGUACCGAAAAGAUUCUUCCCUUUGAUUAAUCAAAUCCUCGCACUCACGAUGGCCCUCAGCACGACUUUCUAUAUCGAUAAAUUCUCUCGUAGAGGUAUAUUCAUCUUCGGUGCCGUGGUGAUGGGAUCAACCAAUGCGAUUUGCGCUUUCACCAAUUACUUCUAUCUCGAACAAAACAUCGAGUAUAUUUUCAAAUGGGUAUUCGUUAUUGGCAAUCUUUUGUCCGUGUUAUGUUACGGUGCUACGAUACAGCCGAUGAACAGUGCCAUUAAAUCGGAACUUUACCCUCAGGUUGUAAAAGGAUUAUGCGGAUCGCUCGGAGUGAUAAGUCAAGCAUCUUCCACAGUACUUUCGUACCAGUUGUUUAAUAUUAUUAAGAAUCAUUUCCAUAUUUACUUCAUGUAUGUGGUCCUUUCGAUGAAUUGCGCUAUUUUAGGCCUGAUCGUGUACUUCCUUUUGCCAGAGGGUCGUGGAGCGUCUCUCACCGAUGUCCAGAUGCAAUUUCAAGAAGAACCUGCAGCUGAUUGUGAUAGUGUCACUGUCAAAAAAUAUGACCAAAAAUAGAAGGUAUUAAUUUUAUAAUUAGGGUAUGAUCUCAUGCGGGACAAAGUCUCAAGUCCGUCAUCAAAUUGUUCAAAGAUGUCGAUGUCUUUUUCUUUUGUAAGUCAUUUAACUCCAUAUUACCUAACGGAAAGCUUGUCCAAGCAGCAAUAAAAUUACCUAUUCUAUUUUGAAA